GGCAGCAAUAAAGACGGCACCGAGUAUACGAGAAAUAAGAUGCAUGCAGAAAGCAUAUCAUGUAGUAUCUAAACAGUGCAUCCGAAAUUCCAAGUUUGACUCUGAUAACGCUCAACUCACACAAAAAUGGACUGCAUCACUCCUGGAUUACAUGACCCUGAUGAUCUCGUACGUUUGGCACUAAUAUCUGUUCCCCAAGGUACUAACUUGUACGGCUUUCGGGCAGAACUCAGGGAUGAUUUCGCCAGAAUUUAUGAGGCGUGUCACAGAAAAGCUAUUGAUGAACUUAUGAAAGGGGCGUUCACCAUAUUGGACUGGUAUUUCUUUCAGCGUAAACUGUUCAAGCACGGGGUAAGGCUGUCUGUAGGCCAUCACGAACCCACCAGCCGGCUGUCUGGACGCAACGUAUUAGGCCUAUACAAACAUGAUUCUGGGCGCAUAACGGUAUUUCGGUACUGCUCGGAUGGAACAACCACUUGCGACCGCAAGAAUAUGCUUGCUGUACUUGUCCAUGAGAUGGUACAUGCUUACCUGUACAUUUUUAGUGAACCACGACAUCUUGCUGCCAAGGUCGAUCCCCACAAGGGCCACGGCCUCUCCUGGAAUGUGCUAUAUCACUCACUGGUCAACACAAUCUGCCAAAUGUCUCCCAUCAUCGGUGUCUUUGGUGUUCUCACUGACGAAUAUGGUUACGGCACUCAUAUACACGAUCAGGAGAGACUCGAGUAUCUGCUGGAUGAAGAUCCAGUGUCAGAGGACGAAGGGGAACAAGAAAGACCGCAAGCCUUCCACUACGUUCCGGCGGUGUGCACGCAAACAUAUUCCACGAUCAUAUCUCAGGAUUCGGAGUCUAGACGAUACGACGGGUGGAGUAUUUGGGAUUGGAUGUAUGUUAGGUUUUACUCACGUUCAAGAUAAUUGUGGAGUACCAGCGAGUGAAGUAUUAUCUUGGGUGAUGAUGUUGCUUCUGUUCUAACCUAGGUGGUCAUAUGAAUGCAGAUACCGAGAGAAUUUGACUUUGAACAAGGACCUAGAUGACAUGCAUUGAGAAACAUAACACGCGACUCCUAAUUACGGUUUUGUGAUUGUGAGCAACUAUAGUCGCGAGCGGAGCACCGAGAGACCGCUAAUAAUCCCUUAAGUAUACAUUC